AUGUCAGAGGAUGCCAAUGAUACAGCUGCGGUUGUUACAACUAGUAGUGUGAGCUCCAUCACGCCUGAGGCUCGUUUCGCGGAGCUUGUAAUUGCAUGCAAUGACUCCCGCAUACGCAUUGCGGAGCUUGAGGCCACAGUGGCCUCAUUAGAAGAGGCAUUAUCGGAAACUCGAAGAACAGACAGUAGCACUGGUGCUUCUUUAGGGCGACGAAGUUCUGCCCCAUUGCUUGAUCAACCAUUUAAAAAGAGUGGAUUGCAGGAAAUAUCUCAAUGGAAUAAAGAACUUGUGGCUACUGUAGAUGAGUUACGUGCCACUAUACUAAAAAUGGAAACCGAUGCUAAAGUUCAGAUUAUUGUUCUUGGGGAUGAAGUAGAACGACUUCGCACGGAGAAUGCAUCUCUACAACGUGAGAAUGAUGCCUUAAAGGAACGUGUAGCCGAUGAUGUAUUGCGUCAGCGACAGACAAAUCGUGUGGAAAUGGCAUUUGAAAAAGCUAAAAUCGCUUCUCGAGUACGGGCGGCUGGGUUACGACGAUUAGAAUGUAUGGAAGCUGUACUUAUGGAAACACAUGAUGAUCUUUACUUUGUACAACGUUUUGAUGCCAUGAAAUUACCUGUACGUGAUGUUACCUUUGUUAUUCACAUUGUAGCAAAUGUCUCCUUCCCACUUGUUGGGAGUGAGGAGUUAACGAUGAAUAUUUAUCAGGAGAUGUUGCAAGGUGCAGCAAGGGAAUGUAAAGGAUAUCAUGUCUGUAGUGUAAAACAAAUGGAAGUGUUUGCUUUCCAUAGUGCUACUGUCGCAUUACAUUUCGCAAAAGCAUGUCAUGUUGGUGUAACGAAUGUUGCUUGGCCUGCGAGAACAGCUGAAAUUCCAUACUUUGCUCCUCUUAUUGACAAUGGAGAAGUUCUAUACAGUGGACCACGUAUGCAUACUUGUGUAUAUACAUGUAAUCCAGGAUCAGAGGUUGAUCCCAUCACUGGACGUCCAGUGUAUUAUGGUCAAGAGGUGCGUAAGGCUUUAGACACCGCAUUACAAGCCGCACCUGUAGGUGAAAUUGUGGCGAAUGAAGAUUGGGGAAAACUUUUUUGUAAAGAAAUGAAUAUUAUGAAUGAUAUUCAUACAGAGAUCUUUGCAGAUGUGCAACAUAUACGGGAUAAAUUGGGUACAGGAUGGAGUGUUUUGGCUCUAGAACCUCCAUAUGGGGAUUUAUUAUAUUCUAUUCUUCCCGUAUCUCUUGAAAGACGCCGUGGACUUCCACCGUAUCUUCUUGAUCCUACUCCACGAUUUCCUCGGGCAUUAAUAGAUACAGAGACAUUCUUGUCUUUGGUUAUUAACCCUAUGAAAGGUGUAAAACAACUCGCUCAUACUGGGGUAGACCAGCAGAAACAACGACACAAAGAAGGAUGGAUAGAAUGUAUUUGUGAUCUUGAGAAACGAGAAAGUGAAGAAAAAGAUUUUAAUUCUUCUGAUCUUGUUGAAUUGUACUCUUUACGACGGGAACGUGAAAAUAUUAUUACUCUAUACAAAAAACUUGAGACAGCUUGCGCAUUUCAUGAAAGGAUGGCGAUGCAAUCUGAAGACGCUUAUCUCGAUAGAAUUCAUUAUAUUGAUCCAAGUGAAACUUCAUAUGUGUGUACUGUUGAUAUUGGAGACAGUGCAUUAUGGCGAGAGAUAACUAAAUUAUCAAUGAAUGAAGAUGAACAUCGUUGUUUGCGUGAUGUUUUAAUGUCUGGAGUUUUAUCAUCUGCUCAUAAAAAUGAAGGUAUUAUGGUUAAUGGUAAUAAUAGAGAUGUAUUUGUAUAUGCUUUUCGUCGACCAGAGCAUGUAUUACGUUUCGCCUCAGAGGUUUACAGUUUUGUAAGUGAGAAAUGUGAGACAUUAGGGAGAGGAGAUAUUUGUCUUAUGCGUGCCGCCAUAAAUGCAGGAAAGAUUCGACCUAUAGAUAACAAUGAUGAUCAACCUGUAGUUUUUAGAUCUCAUAAUAAUAAUAAUAAUAAUAAUAAUAAUAAUAAUAAUAAUAAUAAUAAUCCUGCUGCUACCUCUUGGAAUUCUGAUUAUUCUACAGUGUUAAUAUGUAGAGGAAGAGUAGUUACACUCUCUGGAGCAUUGUGUGAUUUAGCUCGUGGAGGUGAAAUAUUAGCUGUAUCUGAAGUUGUACAAGAUUACUACGCUACAAAGACUAAUCUUGCAAGUAUGGAAUACAAUAUUCUAAAACGUGGUGGAAGAUAUAUUCAUUCCUUUUCUACUUUAGUUGAUGUGUAUUCUAUUUUACCCAAAUCCUAUGCUUGCCGGCAGCGUCAACAACGUUCUAUGAGUUCUACUGAUGAGGCUUUUGUAACCCCAUCUUUUGAGUGGUCUUGUCGUUCUGCAAAGGGAGAACUUUCUCUUGAAGGAAGUACUCUCCGUCGUGAAGAAGUAGUAGAACUUCUUUUACAGCAACAGCAGUUGAUGGAACGAGGAGAGGCAGCGAUGAUGGCUUCUCAUGAUACUGCUUGGGAUCUCACAGCCCAACAGUCCCUUCGUCUACCUUGGCUUAUCACGGGCAGUUCCGCUACCACAGAUACGCCGAACAGUUCAAAAAUUGGUUUCUUAUUCUGUGAUGCUGCGCAUGUCUCUUCCCUUUCCCGCAUCUUACCUGAUGAGCUCUGCAAGGAUGUCCUCGCUCAGUACAAUCAUGUUGUCAAGCAGGCAUUGCUAGAGCAUGACGGGUUUGUGGCCCGCACCAACUCCCACACGGCGUACAUUGUCUUCUUCAAAACCCCCCACCAGGCGCUGGAGGCCGCGCUGCAGAUGGACCGGGCUCUUCUCGCCCUCGACUGGCCACGGCGGCUCCACACACUCGAGCCGACGCUGCGGGUGCGGAGUGCCCGGACCGGGCGGCUGCUCUUCGCCGGCGUGCGGCUGCGGGCGGCGGUCGGCGUCUCGCGGUGGACCGACGCGGUGGGGGCGGCGGGGCAACUCGACGGGCGGGCGCGGGGCGGUGAGAUCGUCGUGACGCCCGCCGCCAUCGCCCUCGUCGGCGCCACUCUUCACGGCUCCCUCCUCCUCCAGCAACUCGCCGUGCGGGUGGUGGACCCGCCCAACGGCAGCAGUGGGGAUAGCAACAGUGAGGAGGGGCCACUUCUCGCCUGUGUCGCGCGAAGGGUCGUGGAGCGGCUGGAGCUCAUUGCGACAAAUAACUCCGCAGGGCAGAGUGAGAAGGAAGAGGGGAAGGCGUCGUGGUGGCAAGAGGCGAGUAACGGGAUGGAACCCCUCCCCGCUUCGAGGCUUAUACCGAGAAAAACACAAGCAGCGGCAACACCACCACAUGCUGCUCUGGUUUCACCUGCUGCGCUGCAGUUAUUUGAUAAUGUGGUGGUUGAUUUUAAGAAGGAAUUGGCCGUUUCCAUCGAUGCAGGUCCAUCUCGGGAGCAAUUUCUGAUUCUCUCACGAGAUGUACUUAAUGGACUCUGUAAUGCCAUACGAUCGCUGGAGGAAGGAAUUUCUCGAGUAUCACCACAAUCAACAACAUCCGUAACGGCGACUCCAAUGGAAACACAUCCCUCAACAUCUCUGGUUCUACCUCCUCCUCCUCCUCCUCCUCCAGCUGCUGCUGCUACUACUACUACUCCUCCUGCAACAGCAACAACAACAACAACGACAACAGCAGAGGCAACAGCGACACGUCUCAGGGGAAAUUCGGGUAAUGUGUCUACCAAGAAUAUCGCCUCAUCUCGAGGAAACUCUCUAAUGCAACGUGCGCCAAGGAGUCGUUUUGUGAGUUCUAUUGCAUCAAGAACGAAUACUCCUGAUCCUUACAGAAGUGCAUUGCUCCUUCUAGAUAAUACAAUAAAAACUGCGAUUCAGCGAAGUGGACGCUCAUUAGGCAGUACUAUUCAUCCAUCAAUCCUUCCGAAACUAAGGGCUCCAUCCAAAACAUUACCUGAUCGUGGUCAAGCGAAGUCAAGCAAGGUGAUUCGACUCAGUGGGAAAACCAGAACGUGA